AUGGUUUUAAAAGUGCAACUGAAUUUUGGUUCACGUUUCGGUCCAGACUUCCAAAAAAAACCCCCUGUUGUUAUUGAGGGGGCGGAGGGGGGAGACGAGUACUUUAGUACAAUCAGAGCCAACAUUGAAGACACUGAUGGUAAUCCGGCUGCUCUACUGGCGACUCGCAACAAGAGCACGGAUGACCUGCGGCGAGUGAAGCCCCCUGCCCUACGGAGUAUUGACCAAUCGGAGUUGAGACCACGGCCGUUUGCAGCAAAGGUAUCUCAAAAAUUCACCGAAGCGUUUGCGAAUGACGUUUACAUCUAUAGUAUUCGUGACAAAGAAACAUUCAAAAAUGGGACACUUGGCUACUAUAACGCAUUAAAAAAUAACGUUCUGGAUACGCGCGGACGACCGGAGGAGUUACUGGCGACUCGCAACAAAAGCGCGGAUUUUAAACGAUCAGAUGACAAUGCGGAACUGUUUCUGAUAAAAUACGCGAUCAUCGAUCGACAGGAAUGGAACUCAAUGGCAUUCCAAACAAAGAUAUCCAAGGCUUACUACGACGCGUUUAGUGGGGAUACUUGUAUCUAUAGUAUCCGUGACAAAAGGAUCGUUCCGUAUUUAACAGACGAAUAUUACGAAGCGAUUACAAACAAUAUUGAUGAUACGCGCGGACGACCAGAAGAGCUCCUGGCGACUCGCAUCAAUUGCACGGGUAGUGUACCCCAAUCAGUCAUGUCUGUGAAACCCCCCACACCACGGGUCGUGGAUGACACACCCGAGUCGGUAGACCUAGACGACAACAUCGAGACAUUCCUUACGCAUUACAAGAGUAUUGAUAGAACCGAAUCAGAGAUGCGAAAGUUUGUAUCAAAGGUGUCACGAGCGUUCACCGUGGCGUUUGCGGACGACGCUUGCAUCUAUAGUAUUCACAAUAAAAGAACCGUUAAAAAUUAUACAUACGACUAUUAUACGGCAUUGAAAGCCAAUAUUGAGAAUACGCGCGGACGGCCAGAAGUGCUACUGGCAACCCGUAAGUGCAAGUACGACACAAAACCAAUUGGUGCACAGGACAGGGAUGAAUUCUUGAACAGAUACCACACGUCCGAACGAGAUUCGCAGAGUACGCGCGAAUUUAUAUCCAAAGUUUUUAAACUUUUCACCGACAUGUUGACAAACGAUACAUGCAUCUAUAGUAUACAUGAUAGGAAAUGUAUCCAAAAACGGUCAUCCAAGUACAAGAAUACAAUCAAGUUCAACAUUGAGGCUACACGUGGACGCCCGGAAGUGCUACUGGAGACUCGUAAUACAUGUACGGAAUCGUGCAGUGAUGAUAAAGAGAAACCCAGACCAACUAUUAAGUACCAGCUUACGGAUCGGAACUCGGUGGUGACACGUAGUCCGCUGUGGGAAACGGUCUAUUAUCCGUUUGUUGAAAAAUACAACCAAAUUUUGGAUACUUCAAAUGAUUUUGUAGUCGAUAUCGCGCGACUCUACCAGCGUACCUUUCAAUACGACAAGCACUAUUACAACGUGUCUACCAACAAGUGUAAACUUUUAGACAUCAAGAAUUUGGAGGAAAAUAUCAGACUUACCAUGGGGCGCCCGUUCGACUUACUCGAGUACCGCAUUCUGUGUCGUAAAGACCCUAGACUCAGCAAAAAAUGGACGAUGGAGCUGGAACGACACGCACUUCCGAAAGGUGGGAUGCUAUGCAUGCCAAAGUAUUUUAUGGACGAUGAUGCGACCGUAUUCGAUAACCCUUCCUUUUACAAGAGAUUGUCGUUUAUGAGCCAGCUUGGUGACUACAUUCUAAUCCUGUUCCGUGAUUUUCCCAGUGUGUGCACAGUCAUCAAUUAUCGCAUAAAGAUACAUGCUGAAACAGCUAGUGAAAUGAAUAUUCAGUCUGUUAUUCGGCAAUUGGACGCAGCCGAAUGUAAGACGCGAUUUGCCCUCAUCACACUGUCCACGAACUCGGACGAAAGUGGGCAUGUGAUGCCUAUAAUUGUAGACUUUGAAAAUGAAACGAUUGAAGCGAUGGAUCCCGGGGGAGAUUCAAUAAACGAGUUUAAUGUCGCCCUUGAUAAAUUUGGGACGAUACUCCAGGACAAUUACAAUGAUCAAUUUGGGACGUCUUUUCGGUUUGUUUCCACACAAGAUGUGUGUAACCGCGCGUGUGUCCAACGAUACGAAUUGAAUUUUGUCGAGAGACCAUUUGACCCCUUUGUUCGUGACCGGUUUGACACAGAAGUGGGUGGCAACUGUUAUCUGUUUACUCUUGUUCUAUUUCUUGCACGACUCAGCAAUCCAACAAUGGACACAGCUACGGUUCAUCAGUACUUGGUUGAGUGGAUUGUUCAGGAUAUGGAAAAAAUGCUUGAUCUGUUCCGGGAGAUGUACCAAGUCAUGAAAUUGGGUCAAGUCGAAGUGCAUAAGAAGACACUAUCUGUGGUAGUGCAUGAGAUGACACUAUCUGUGAUAGUGCAUAAGAAGACACUAUCUGUGGCAGUGCAUGAGAAGACACUAUCUGUGGUAGUGCAUGAGAAGACACUAUCUGUGGUAGUGUAUGAGACUGUCACUAUCUGUGGUAGUGCAUGA